AACAUCAUCUCGGGCAUCACCGACUACGGCGUGCUCAUCACGCAGAGCUACCCGGCCAACGACGGCGCCCCCGGCACCGGCGGCCCGAUCUCGAACGUGCAGUUCAUCGGCAGCACGACGACCGUCGCGGUCAACAGCGGCGCGAUGUCCGUCGUCAUCGACUGCGGCGCGUGCUCCGGCAACUGGAACUUUGGCAGCCUCAUGGUCACCUCGGCGGGCAAGGGGCACAGCAUUGCGGCGGACCGCGCGGCGGUAGGUGGUUUUCCUCUCGCGUUGAUUCGGUUGUUG